CGCUCACACACAGCCAGCACUCGCAGCCUAGCCUAGCACUCACAGCCUUCACGCAGCUCGCCCGCGAGGAACACAUGGGCCAUUUCGCCCUCAGCUGGCAGGGCAUGGAACCCGCCCCCGCCGCCUCCCUGUCCGGCGCCGGUGCUACGCUGCCUCUCCACUCCGUCCAGGGCCCCGCCGCCGCGACGAACGGCGCCGCCGCCGCGAGGAACAACGAUGACGCCUCGUACUGCCUCGACCCGGCCACAUACGCGCCCGCAGUCCCGCCGACCAUUGCGGAGGCGGGGGCGAAGAGGCGCCAGGAUGCGGAGAACAUCGCGCUCUACCUCAUCCACGUCCUCCACAAGUGCGCUGAAGCCAUCGAGGCGGGCGACUAUGCGGUCGCGGCCGGCAAGCUCUCCGAGGCGCGCACGAUGCUCGCGACGUCUGUCUCGACGACCACUGGGAUCGGCCGUGUCGCCAGCCACUUCGCCGCCGCGCUGGCCCAUCGCCUCUUCCCGGCGUCCCCGCACUCCUCCUUCACGCUGGACGCCUCACCGGAGCGCGCCGGCGAGCUCUAUCGUCAGUUCUAUGACGCGGGGCCAUACCUCAAGUUCGCACACUUCACGGCCAACCAGGCCAUCCUCGAGGCGUUUGAGGGCUGCGACCGCGUGCACGUCGUGGAUCUCGCCAUCAAGCAGGGCGUGCAGUGGCCAACCCUCAUCCAUGCCCUCUCCAUCCGUCCCGGCGGCCCGCCGUCCGUCCGCAUCACCGGCAUCGGCUCCGCGCCCGCCGUCGACGAAGCUGGCCUCCGCCUCGCCGAGCUCGCGCGUGCCAUGAACGUGCCCUUCUCGUUUCAAAGGGUCACCGACGAUAGCCUGGACCAGCUCAAGCCAUGGAUGUUCCAGGUCCUGCCCGGAGAGGCGGUGGCCGUGAACUCCAUCUGCCAGCUCCACCGCCUCCUGGUGGACCCGGACGCCGCGUCCACGUCUCUCCCCACGCCCAUCGACGUCGUGCUCGGCUGGAUCGCGUCCAUGCAGCCCAGGGUUUUCACGGUCGUGGAGCAGGAGGCGGACCACAACAAGCCGAGGCUGCCGACGCGGUUCGAGAACGCCAUGUUCUACUAUGGCUCUGUGCUCGACUCCAUGGAGGCCAUGUCCGUGAGUCGUGGCGGCGUCAUCGGCAACGGAGCCGGCGCCGACGCGUACGUGCAGAGGGAGAUCUUCGACAUCGUCUGCGGCGAGGGCAGCGCCCGCACCGAGCGCCACGAGCCGCUUGCGUGCUGGUGCGAUCGCCUCUUUCGGAUGGGUCUCACUCACGUGCCGCUGGGUCCGAGCGCAGCCUAUCAGGCGGCCAAGCUUGUCCGCAUGUUCUCCACCGCCGGGUUCCGCGUCCAGGAGAUCGGCGGCUGCCUCUCGCUUAUGUGGCACGAGCGGCCCCUGUUCACGGCGUCCGUGUGGAGCGCAAUGCCCGCAGAUGGCGCCGGCGCCGGCGCCGCCGAGGAGCGCGCCGACAAGCACAAGCUGAAGAUGAGCAUCGGCGAGAGUAGCAGCGGCCACCUGCCGGACGCCGGGGCGCAGUGAAAGAGCGCGACAUGCAUGCAUGGUGGUUUGGAUAAUGGUUAAGGGGAGUCGGAGUCAGAUCGUCUAUCGAGUUUAGUUUAAUUUGUCACUUAGUCGGAGCUUAUGCUGCAGUCAUGAGUCAGUCAGUCGUCAAAAGUGUCGUCAGAUUCAGAUGGAUAUCGGUCUAGGUCAAUAAAGUGUCGCUCUCAAAGUAUGUGAGAGAGAUAGUGUCGUUAUUCCUUCCUGGUUUUAUCUAUCGCACAGUUAAUUUGUUUCA